ACACGGAGAAAGAAAAGGGAAUUCAAAGUGGUGGUCGUGAAGAUACAAGAAUAUUUUGGUGUCGAUUAGUUAAAAGGAUUUAUGAGUUUCCCCUUAUUGACUUGACGGGAAAUGCUGGUAGAUAACUUGGAAGCAAUCACAAGGCACCUAUAACACCAGGAGAAGUUGUAGUAGAGUUGUGACUACGAGAGAGAAGAUAAAUAAGAAAUGGCUACAGUUACAAGUGGGCUCCUAAGACGAGUGAGGCACCAGAUGGCAAGAAUUUACCUUUUCCUGCCUUCAUCCUCCUCCUCCACCUCCUACCAGUGUUUCUUUCAUCCUAAAUCUUUCCACUCCUUAUCUUCCUUUUAUCUGUCUCUCCAUCCUAAACCGUCCUUGCACUUCUCCACCUCCCAAUGUUUCCACUCAAAAUAUUCCUUUCACUCAUCCUCCUCAUAUCCAUCCACCCAUCCACUUUCCUUCCACUUACUGUCAUCUCAUCAACCAUGUCCACUCACUUUAGCUUCCCUGUCUCCCUCCUCUCCCUCCUCCCUCCACGCAGCUCCCUUCAGCACCUCUCCACUCUGCCUCAAGACCCGUAUGAAGGUGGAGGGAGCACCGCCGGAGGGGAAGAAGAAGCAGCGUCCGGAUAAAUCAGAAUUAGUUACCCUUAUUGAUGCUGAAGACAAGAUAUCAGCAGUCACCCUGGAGAAUGCAGAACGGCUGGCCAAACGACGCGACCUGAAGCUGGUGAAGGUAAAUGACUCAAACCUAAAGGCUGGCAAGAGGGUGUACAAACUGAUGACCGGCAAGCAGUACUUUGAGGAGGAGAUGAAGGCAAAGGAUGAAAAGAAGACCAAUGUGGGUGCAAAGGAUGAGAAGAACUUGGUCAUUGGAGGCAAGAUCACACCUCACGACCUGGGAGUCAAGCUUCAGAACAUCAUCAAGUGGCUGAGCAAAGGCCACCAAAUCAAGGUCACCAUCAUUUCUAAGAAGGCCACCAAGGAGGACAUGGAAAGUGUUUUCUCUGCAAUUGAGAAGGAAGCCAAUAAAGUGAACGCUCGGGUGAUGCAGCGACACGAGAAGGGGGACGACAUAAGGUUUUACAUUGUUCCCCCCAAAGAUGAGAGCGCAGCCAACAGAGAGGCAAACACAGAUGACCAUUUACGCAGUUAAGGUUCUGAGAAGUUCCCCGGUCAUGUCGAGGGAAGAGUGCAGUUGUGUAAAUUUGAAGUACAUAGGCAAUAAUGUGGAGAGUAUGACUAGUUAGGGUUCUAAGGAGUAUCCUGGUCAUGCCAAGGACAGUAAAAUAAUGCCUAUAUACUGAAUACUUGUUGAAUCAUGUGUAUUUGAAAUACAGGUAAUAAUGUGUAGAGUGUGGCCAUUAUUGAGGCAAGCAUAUUUGACACAGAGGGUUUUGAAGUGCCCUCUCAUCAUGCUAAGGAAGGAGUACAAUACAAUAACACUGUCCUAUACUGAAUAUCUAUUGACUUGUGUAGUUUGACGCAUAGAGCCAAUAUUAUGUGGUAUUUAGGGUGUUAUGCUGUAUUUAAGUUUAUUCUGGUGCAUUACUUGAAGCUUGGAUGAAAAGGAUGCAGUAUUGGGUCUGGAGAACUAAUCACCACCAACAGUUGUAUUUAGCUUAAUGCUCUGCUGAGUUUUUAUCAUCCUAAUGUAAAUUUUUCCCUGUGCUAACCUGUAUAAGGUUGAAAUAUAUCUAGUAUUGUUUUUUCAAAA